CGGCGCACAUGGCCCCGUCCCCUCCUCCUCUCAUUUAUACCACCCCUCUCCCCCCUGCUAGCUUCACAACCCCAUCCUCAACCUCUUUCUCUGUAAUUCAGUAAUUUGCUAUGGUCGUGGUGAUGAAGAAGAUGGCCGAUAUUGGUGGUGCUGGUGGUUGCGGGGAAAUGGGUGGCGGCGGGAAGAAAGUGGUGGUGAGGAGGGGGCGGCCGCGGCGGCGGGCGGCGGUGCGGGGGUCGUCUGUGAGAGUGAAGGUGAAGAAGCUGCAGAAGCUGGUGCCCGGCGGGCGGGGGCUGCAGGAGCCGGAUCGGCUGUUUCUCCAGACGGCCGAGUACAUUCUGCAUUUAAGGCAGCAACUCAACAUUUUGCAAGCUCUUUCCAAGAUUUACAAACUAUGAUGAUGAUGAAGAUGAAGAUGAAGAUGAAAGAUGAUGAUGAAGAUGAAGAUGAAGAUGAGGAGUCGUCUAGCUAGUGGGGGAAUUCUUUUUAAUUUUAAUUUUAAUUUUUUUAUAAAUUUUGAACCAUCUAUAUUGCUCUAGCUAGUUAGCAGGAUGAUUUUGGAUAAAUUAUCAGCUAGCUCAUUAGUUGAAUUUAUUUAUUUUCACCUAUUAAUUGUUAAUUAAUGUACUGGAAAUAUAUAUGUUCUUUUAA